AUGAACGAUUAUGAUCUCUAUGGCAUCAAAAUUGCUAUGAAUGAUGGUUUGAUGGUCUUCGUCGAUAACCUGAAUGCAGCCUGGUAUACUGUACCAGUAUUUCUUAAUACUCAGAUCAUUUGUAUCAUCCAUUUUAAUGAGACAACGUGUAAUUUUGUCUAUAGUGUUGUUGUUCCAAUCUCUAAUAUCAGUUCAUUCGUUUAUAAUUGCAUUGAUUUACAAGGACGAAAUGUUAUCGGCUUAUUCGAGAGCAACGCAACGUGCUCGUUUUAUUUAAGCAAUGAAAAAAUUGUGUCCAACUAUUCAACACAAAACAAUUUUAUCAUUAGUAUUAACGGAGACAAUACGGCUAUCUAUGGUUUUGCUGAUGAUUUCUUAUUCUAUUACGAAUUGAACUCAACAUUUCAACUAACCGUUUGGCCAAACUCCUUAAACAUUUCCCCACGGGCAGCAGAUAUCGGUGCCAAUAACGAUUAUGCUGUUGUAGUUGGCUAUUGUCAAUUGGCAUCAGCUUAUGCAGUUGAUUGUGGCUUCAUCGUAUCAUUAAAUAGAUCCUUGUCUUGUCCUAAUAGUACACAUGCAUUUUCUAUGAUUAAUUCCAAUCAAUUUGCUUACUCCGAUCCUCGCAUCAGUCAAUAUCUCACGAAUAGUCGCGAUUAUUCGGCGCGGACCGUUAUGUCUGUGAGUAUUGCCUGGCGCACUCGAUUGGUCUUAAUCGGUGUUCAAUCAUUCAAUAUGGUUUUGUUAUAUUCGUUGGAUGAUCCUAUGAAUCCGAUCGGCACUCGUCAAAAUGGAAUUGAACUGAUGGGCUUUGGUAAAACUGUGGCAUGGUUAGAUGAUCAAGGUGAAAAGGCAGUGAUUCUUGCCAAUAGUUAUACAUAUUCUACUUAUCAAUGGAUCUCGUCGUUCGUGCAUAUUUAUGAUAUUCAAUCGGACGGAUUCUCAGACAGCACACAACCGGUUCUUAUCUAUCCUAAUAGCCAGCAAAUUCUUUUUCAGUGGAUGAUACCACAGUUCAUUCGUUUGGUUUGUUCAUCACAUGGUCACUUGGCCAUUUUCGAUGAUUUGGGUAUUCCAGCUAUUAUCUACUCGACACCAUCGGGUACCUAUCCGAACACAAAUUCAACAUAUUUUACAUCCAAUACUGUCCCUUGUAUUCUUGGCACCUAUCGUAACUAUACCGGAAUUGAACUGUGUAUACCAUGUACCAAUGGCACAUACGCCUAUUCAAAUAGUUGUUCACCUUGUACAUUGCCAGAUUCAUUUUGCCCAUAUGGAGCGGUAGAAGAAAUUUCCUAUUCAACAUUCGAAUCGAUUGAACAGGAUCAAGAUUAUCCUGAGUCACCUGAAAAUACUGUUUUUGAUGAUAUAUUGAUGCAAAACAUGUUUAGUUUCAAUACACAGUCCGGUCAUUGUGCACUCGUCUCGCCCAUAACCUGGGUACUUCUGGUCAUUGGACUUGGAGUUAUUCUAGCAGGUGGUAUGUUUAUUCAUGAGCUAUGGGCUGGUGGCCUUGGAUCAGCAGCAGUUAUUGUUAUAGUCAUUUCGGCCUACAGUUUUUCCAAUCAAUACUUGCAUCAAUAUCCAAUUCAACAAGUUACAAGUGACAGUUCAUUUGCAUGUGAUGUCACAUUGCGAAAUGCAAAAUUUAGUACAACAAUGCAAAUGACAUCAAGUUCAAGUAAUUCUACUAAACAAAAUCAAGUCAUCUUCAAUAUGCUGAACUCGCAAUCAAUUACGUUGAACGUUGAUCUUAUUCAAACAGCAUUCAUUUGUAAUGAUUCUCUUAUCGUGCAACGCGUUGUUGGUUCUAAACUGACACUAUUACCAAUAUCGGCAUGUGAAACAAGUCAUAACGGUAGUAUACUAUCGUUGGCCAUUGCACUUCCAACACAAAAAGUUGGCAUUCAACUCAUAUUGCCGGGAUCAAGAACUGUUGGUGCCAUUCGUUUGGGAUUGAGUGGACCUUCGAUGAUCAGUACUGAUAAAAGGUCGACACUCCUAGAACUCAAUUUUUCAUCGGCUUUUGUUCCUCCUUCAUCCGAUGAAGCUCUUGCGCCAUCUACUAGCUUCGCCAUUGGAUUAACUGCAAUUGUUAAUCAAACAGAUCCAUUGAAUAGUGCCGAUUGGCCGAUUUUCAGUGCCAUUUGGUCAUCGUCGUUUGAUGUCAUAACCGAUGAACUCUUUACUGUCGAAAAUAGAUACACUUUCUUUCAGCGAAGUCAAACCAAUAUUAGCAUUACAAUUCAAAAGUCGAUAUAUUAUGUGAACAAUCAACAAGAACCAAUUGCUCGGCAAACUGAAAUUAUAUUUCACAAUCUUCUCUUUACAAUUGUCGUCUUGGAGUUAUUCUGUCUGCUGUUUCUAAUUAACAAAUUAUUGAUUUCGCCUCUGUAUCACAACAUAAGUAGUCUUCUACAUUAUUUGUCGAAAAAAAAUCGAGUUGAUGCGAACGGAAACAAAUUGCCCAUGGCUAUUAUCGAGAAAUUCAAUCGUCCAAUAAUUAGAAAAGCAAUUCCGUCGACAAAACCUCGUCAUUGA